AUGCCAACCCGCAAAUCGAAAAUUCUGGAUGUUGCUCUUUCUAAUUCCGUAAUCAGCAAUUUAAACAUCAUGGCCCCAAUAGGGUCUAGUGACCACAAUACCAUUAAGUUUACGGUGCAGCUCUUACAAAAUAUAUCUGCCCCUAAGAAAAUGAUACCAGAUUUUUCGAAACUGGACUGGCCCUGCUGUGCAACAUACUUUGAAAACAUAGAGUGGGGAAAGGUAUUUGAUACCCGUUCCCACGUGAACGAUAUUUAUGAAUGCUUUCUAGGCCACAUUAGAACAAUGUUCUCGCAGGCAGUCCCAACUAUGCCGAUGCCAGAGACUUCAAAACCAGUGCCUCAAUAUUUAAGGUCUUUUGAACAAAUGGUAAAAAACCAAUUCAGCAAAACGAUAAUGUCGAAAACUAUGAAUGAUUUUAUAGAAUACAUUUACCUAGCGAGAAAAUAUAGAAAAAAGUUGCGGAAGUAUCUAAGUAACCUGGAGGUAAAGUUAUUUAAAAAAAAGGGCAAUAGUAAGUUUAGUAAACACGAAAAAACUCUUCUGAAACCGCGAAACUGUAGUGUUCCAACCCUGAUAGAUAAUGACGAAAAUGAAAUUGUCUCUGAACUAGACAAAGCAAAUCUUCUAGCAUCCUACUUUGAGGCUCAGUAUACAAAUCAAAAUAACAAGAAUUUUGCUCUAGCUGAUGAUUUUGUAUCAGAUCAACCAAUUCCCUGGGUUACUGAUGCAGAAGUUCUAAAAGUGAUCAUGGCCUCGAAAAAGUCUUGCUCUGUAACAAGCGACCAGGUCCCAUUUACGUUUAUAAAAAUACUAUCGCCUCUCAUCAGUAGCAUUCUGGCCCAGAUUUUCAACUUGAGCAUGAUGAGAGGGCAAGUCCCGCACGCUUGGACCGAAUCCAUUGUAAUACCUCUUGGAAAAAUCACUAACGCUAACAAUCCAACCGACUUCAGACCAAUUAGCUUGACCUCGCACUUGUGCAGAGUUUACGAAAGAUAUAACAAAUUUUGGUCACAAAAUCAACAUGGAUUCCGCCCCAAAAAAUCAACGGUGACUAAUAUGUUAGAAUCUUUGAAUGAUUGGACUAAAAGUAUUGAUCUCGGUGAGCAAAUCGAUAUCAUAUACCUAGACUUUUCCAAGGCUUUCGACCGGCUCCCACAUGACUUACUUUUAGAUAAACUCGUAUCUUUAAGAAUGAACAACAAUUUACUGAUAUGGUUGAAUGAAUUUCUGUCAAAUAGAAGCUUUAGGGUUAGAAUUGGGCAAACGCUGUCAUCUAGAAAAUUGGCCACCUGUGGCGUCCCUCAAGGCGCAGUUCUGUCACCACUUUUGUUUGGUAUCUAUGUUAAUGAUAUAUCAUCAAUAUUACCCAAAAAAGUAGCAUGUAAACAGUUUGCAGAUGACACGAAAUUGUAUGUAUCGACCCCUAAGACUGAAAGCGAAAACAAUUUACAGUCUGCUCUAGAUGCUGUAGUAGAUUGGACAAGGGGAUCAAAACUCACUCUAAACCAAUCUAAGACAGUUCACGUCACAGUAGGAAAACGUAGAACAGAUUUCCACCUAGACGGCUACCCUAUUGAGCGAAAAGCUAUUACCAGAGACCUUGGAUUUUUAAUCUCUGAAAAGCUGGAUUUCUCUGAGCAUUGGAGGAAAUGUAUCAAUCUAGCUAAAUUUCAACUGGCCAACAUGUUCAACCAGUACAGUACCUCCAAUAAGAAACUAAUGAUUCUCUUAUACAAAACUUUCAUCCGCCCUCGUUAGUCUUCUCCGACAAAAAAAUCGGAUGAGAAAGCAAUAGAGUCUGUACAAAACGCAUUCACUAGGCGCCUUUAUAGUAGAAUCAAAAAAAGAUAUAUUAAUCCAACUGAUAAAGAUUACAAAACUGCCAUGGAACGUAACGAACUAUUCGACCUCCAAACCUUAAGCACGAGACGUAAAAUAAUUGACAGAAUCCAAGUAACCAGAAUGAAUACUGGUAAAGUAGACUUAAAAACAUCUGAGUUUUUUGAGCAACAAGAGACCCAAACUCGUUCUAAAAAGAAAUAUAUCUGGAGCACAGGAAAAUCUAAACUUAGGAGACACUUUUUUGUCAACAGAACACUACCCACAAUGAAGCAACACUGA